AUGUUUGGCAUGAGUAAUGAAGAAAUUUUGGAACCAUUCAAAAUAUUUGAUUGUGGAAAAGCAUUGUGGGAUUGUUGGAAAAUUCUAAACAAAGCAAUAAAUAACAUUUCGACAUUAAUGUUUCCUUCCUCAAGCAACGAAGUGACAUCAACAACAUCUUUGUGUGUUGACAAUGAUAAAACAGAAAGUAGUUUACGUCACUCCAUAACUCUAAUAACAAUACAUCACCAACGGCAUCAUCAUCAUCAUCGUCAUGCUCUGAAAUGGUAA